GAGGGAAAUUCUUGGACAUGGAGAAAAAAAGCCGUCGCCGAUCUCGAUAAGGUGUCCGAGGCCGACAAGAAGGGUCAAAUACAGUUAUGUUUUUCGAUCGCCGUCCGUUUUGAGAGCUCGUGGUAUUGAUGCCCCCACGCCAGCUGGGACUCACGUUCGACCGACUACCUUGUGUGUACUGUUGUAUUGAUGGGCUCCUCUACACCGUUGAGAUAGGAAAAUCAUCAGCGUGCAUUACUGAAACAAAAAAUGAAGAGAUUCGAGUUGUUGUGUACGUUCAAAUAGCAGCGCUGCGGUUUAUUGAUGCUGGAGCUGGUGAUCGAUCCAAUGAAAAGCGAGGACAGGAAGAGAUUCGAGUUCUUAUGUACGUUCAAAUAGCAGCACUGCAGUUUAUUGAUGCUGGAGCUGGUGAUCGAUCCAAUGAAAAGAAGAAGAAGCUUCAAAUCCAGGCAACUUCGGGAGAGUGGGGGUUCUUAAUCACUGGCCUCUGCCUAGAGAUUUUGUCACUUGCUUUUGAUCAGGCUUCCUCCCCAAGCCAGCCCCUAUAUGCACUGUUUGCUAUGAUAUUCGCUAUUGCAGCUGUACUCGUCUGCAUCUGGGAGCUCAUUUACAAGGGUAGAAAGGAAAGAGUUGUAUUGAGGCCGUGGGGACGGUUGUGGUGGUUCUAUCAUCCACAUCCCCAGCAUGGGCUUUUUGGUACUGUUCUGGACUUUAUGGGAAUUUUUGGGGGAAUUGCCCAGUGUAUUUGCUCGAUUGUUCAAUUCGCUUGCUUCCUUCUGCAUGCUGAUAAUCCUAUCAAAGUAUCCCUUUGGCCUGCCAUCUUUCUUAUAUGCUUAAUUGCUAAAAGAUUAAAUGAUAAUCCAAAUGAGAUCUGUGAUGAACGCGGAGAUUGAACAAAGACUAAUUGGUGAAGACGGUGAAAGCACAAAGAGGUACUUCAAAUUGCCCAUUUGCUCAAUUGAUGGUGGUGCAUUUCAAGUGUAUAGAUUAUCUUAUUUUCAUUUUCAACUUUUAGAGGGGUGUAUUCAAUUAAGAUUUUAGAAUAGUUUAAAAGUU